CACGGAAGCGCGGCAGCCGCUACUCACCGGAGCUCUCCUGGAUACGAGCGAGCUGGACUCGGAUGAAGGUAAACGAGCGUCUCUCCAUCACUUCACCCUCAACUCAAAGUUAACCAAUGGCAAGAGGAGCUUUCAGAGCUUUUACUGGCGAAGUCAUUUUCCAGAGGAGGCCGUCACAUGGAGCUGAUGGGAUCACACCGAAAAAAUUAACAUAUGAGGAAGCUGUAGAAGAAACAGGUUUUGGUUUAUUCCACUGGUUGCUGCUGGUGGUGUGUGGUUGGGCCAAUGCCAGCGAUGCCGUGGAAAUCCUGUGUGUAUCUUUCCUCCUGCCCACAGCGCGGUGUGAUCUCAAACUGAGUUCUUCAGACAUGGGCCUGCUGACAGCCAGCAUUUUCCUCGGAAUGAUGGUGGGUGGCUACAUGUGGGGGUAUUUGGCUGACCAGAGGGGCCGCCGCAGGGUCUUGGUUGUGUCCCUGACAGUGAACGGGCUGUUUGGAGGUCUGGCCAGUUUUGCUUCGUGGUUCUGGCUCUUCCUGCUGCUGCGGUUCAUCAGUGGCAUCGGCGUCGGUGGCUCCAUCCCGGUCAUUUUCUCCUACUUCUCAGAGUUUAUGCCUCGACUGAGGAGAGGUGCCAUGAUCAGCGCUCUGGCUACCUUCUGGAUGGCAGGAAACAUUCUGGCUGCAGGUCUGGCCUGGCUGGUGAUUCCCAGUACUUGGGCACAUUUCUUUCUAAAUGGACUGGACUUCCAGAGCUGGAGGGUGUUUGUGUUGCUUUGCUCUGUUCCCAGUAUCACCUCAGCUCUCCUCUUCAAGAUCCUCAUGCCUGAAAGCCCAAAGUUCCUCAUGGAGGCUGGCCGGGAGAGAGAGGCGAUCCAGGUCUUCAGAGUGAUGUUUAAGCUGAACAUGAAGGGAAAAGAAAAGACGUUCCCAGACUUUGGCCUGAAAACAAGCUCCAAGCAAAGAGGCAAACUGGAGGAGACCAGAAUUAGUGGUUCAUGUGGAGAACGUCUUGCAAGUAUUUUAAAAAAGGGCUUGAGGCCCAUUAAGCAGAUGUUCCGCAGCCCUCUCAAAUCCAGGAGCAUCGCUCUGCUCGUCAUUUUCUACUGCAUCUCUUUUGGUUACUACGGGUUGUGGAUGUGGUUCCCUGAGCUGUUUGCGAGAGUUGAGGAUGGCGGCUCUCCUUGUGCCAACGUAUCCCGUCCUUCUCCUAACCACAACCAAACCUGCUACCCUGUCAAGACAGCAGUGUAUAUGGAGGGCUUCGUCAUCGCUGCGUCAAACCUACCAGGCAACAUCUUCACUAUUCUCAUGAUGGACAGGACUGGAGGGAAAAUGCUACUUUCCUGCAGCCUGUUGGUGUCCAGUCUGAGUGUUUUCUUCAUCUACGUGGUUCAGACCAAAGCCCAGAGUCUGGUUCUCUCCUGCAUCUUCAGCGGAGUGUCUGUGAUCGCCUGGAACGCUCUGGACGUGGUGGGAACUGAGCUCUUCCCGACCCAGCUACGGUCCUCUGCUCUCGGUUUCUUCACCGGAGUGGGCCGAGUGGCAGCGAUUACGGGUAACGUAGUCUUUGGAAAGCUCGUGGACACGAACUGUGCCGUCCCCGUCCUGCUGGUGUCGGCUCUGCUGCUGACCGGAGGACUGGUGGCUCUUCUGCUCCCACAAACCAAGCAGACAGAGCUCACCUGAUCACUUCCAUUAUUUUAGACGCAUAUAGACAUUCUCUUAACGUCCUCAUGGAAGCAGGAUCGCUGCCUUUAAAGUCCUCUGAUCUGGUUUCUCCUGUUCCUGCUUCCGUCGAGGUUUGAAUCGUGUGCCUUCUGUUAAUCUCUCUGUGCCUUUUAUGGUGUCUCACUUAAAAUGCCAACUCUAAGAACUUUGUCAAAGGACAAUCGUCUCUCUCUGCUUGCCAAGAAUUAUUAUUCAGGAAAGCACAGAAAGAAACGUAGGUGUGUUGUACAUUGUGAGCUUGUGAGGAAGAGAACACUGACUGUCAAGGACACUUUGGAAAAGUUUGUCUUAUCUAAAGUCGACAAAAAUCAUCCCUUCUGCUUCAGAAAACUGCAGGUGAACAGGAUUCUGUAAAACAGCUGGAGUCUAAACACUGAUUUAUGUUUGCUUUUGUCACCAUGAACACAAAAGCCUGUCAUCACCAGGUACAUACAGUCAUUGUAUCCAUCCUGCCCCAUAUUCGAUAAACAGCUGUGAUUGGACCGGCUGGGCAAUGCUGGGUAUAAAUCUGUUUUAUCAGGAGGCAGGGCGCAUAAAUUCUGCCAGAGGAGAUGAAACCUGAGCUCUCAGAUUGUCCUGGUUGCCACGAUACACAAAAGUAUCUCCAAGAAGGUUUCAGACGUUUACAUGUCGUGUCUGAUUACUGAAGAGAUUUGGAUGGACUAUCAAGGAUAUACACACCAGCGCACAUUUCACAUCAUUCCUACACUAUGUUUUAGACCAUAAAGGCCUUUUACAGUUGUUUUUCAGUCUCAUUUACCUGCAUAGCCCUGGGAAUUAGCAAGCACCUGCAACUUUGAGUUUGUAACAUAUCAUUUGAAUAAAAAAGGUUAGAUAGGAAGAGUGUCCUUUUCAGAAAUCAUGUGUAGACCAACGCAGAGUGAAUUCAGGGUGACCAAACUGUCAUUUUCCUGCAAAAACUAGACCUCGCUACUUCUUUUCAUUCCAGUUGAAAACCAAAGAUCAUUUCAAUCACAGUCUUAGUGAAAGGUACCAAUGAAUGAAAAACUUUGUAUCAAGCCCUCAGGCUCAAAUUCCCAUCAGGGAUUUUCUAAAGGUGUCUGCUUUCAGGCAGGUUUCAAAUAGCUUUGUAACUAAGCAGAUUUAAAAAAAAAAAUAAAAAUAAACUCUCUUGUUAAUGUC